AUGUCGACUGUGGCACAGGGCCAAACCGCUCCGUUCGCGGGUACUCUCGAUGUGCUCUCUCGCAUCCUACCCGCCAACCUACUCAAACCCCGCGUCGCCAUCGUCUGCGGGUCGGGUCUGUCGACACUGGCGAGCAGUCUGCGUGAUGUAGUCGAGGUGCCGUAUUCCUCGCUGGAAGGGUUUGGAAAAAGCACAGUCGAGGGUCACCGGAGUGCUCUGGCAUUCGGUCUGAUAGGGGAGGGUAAGGGCAUCCCAGUGGUUGCGAUGCUCGGGCGGUUCCACCCAUAUGAAGGGCAUUCACUCUCUACCGUCGUGUAUCCCAUUCGUGUCCUAGCACGACUAGGCGUUCGCGAUAUCAUCAUCACAAACGCGGCGGGUGCGCUCAACCCGAACCUAGAUGUCGGCACCAUUGUGUCCAUACAAGACCAUCUCGCACUCCCCAACCUCACCGGCUUCAAUCCCCUCCUCGGGCCCGCGCGCCCAAACUACCCGCGCUUCCUCCCGCUCUCCACCGCCUACUCGCGGCCGCUCCGGCGACUCGUCUUCCUCGCUGCGCACGCGCUUGGGCUCCCGCGCGACGCGUUGGCGGAAGGCACGUACGCGUGGGUGAGCGGCCCGACGUACGAGACGCCCGCGGAGGGCCGCUAUAUGCGCGCGGCGGGCGCGGACGUCAUCGGUAUGAGCACCGUACCCGAGGUGCUCGCUGCGCGCGAGGAGGGCGUGAACGUGUGUGUGCUGAGUUUGGUCACGAAUAAGGUCGUCAUCCCGGAAUAUGAGAGUGUCAGGGAGGCUGUCGAGGCAGAGCUCGCGGGACGGACGGUAGAGCAGGCGCCGGAGGCGGAGUUAUCCCAUGAGGAGGUGCUGUCGGUGGGUCAACAGAAGGCGGGGGUGAUGAAGGCUUUAGUAGCUAAGCUCAUAGAGCUCAUUGCGGCUGAGCAGUGA